GUCCUCAUAAGAUGUACGUUCAAACUCUUGGUAAACGUGAUUCCUGGAUCGAAAAAAUUAUUCAUGAAAGCCUAGCAUAGCAAGCAUCCAAAUUGGCAAUCGAAUCUAUCCCGCUACUGGAUGCGGUUAGAUGAGUGAAUUUAGUUUAUCGAAAUGUCCGGUUUAGGAAGGCAACUGGGAGCAGUUUCGGGUGGUCUGCUGCUGACAUUCUGCGGAGGAAUACAUAUUGGAUGGAGCAUAUACCACCUGAACAUGCCCGGUAACGAGUGGGCUGUUGGAAUAACAGUUCAGAAGUACAGGUUUGCCGUACUGUCGUUUUUCACUGGUGUGGUUGCCGCACUGGUAUUAUUGGGCCAAGUUAAAGAUCUUCUCUCGAACCGCAUCUGGUUGAUGGCAUCGGCUUUCUUUUUCCUAAUAAAUGGAGUGCUUUUCGCAAUACUACCAAUAAACUACGUAGUGACCGUUACUUCGAGAGUCGUUGCAGGUCUCGGUCACGGAGUCGCACACACAAUUAUGCUAAUCUACAGUGGAGAAAUAACCCUCAAACAAUUUCGAGCAAAAUUCAUCGCCAUACUUACAGCAUCCAUAAUCGCGGGUAUCACUGUUUUCUCGCUAAUAUCAAUGGUUACAACGAACCAUACGUACACCGUCGAACCGAAUAUGCACCCUAAUCGAGCCUUCGGCAUAAUCAUCAUGCCCUUUAGCUGUAUUGCGGGGGUGCUGAUAUUUUUCUUCAUGGUAGAGUCGCCAAUUCACGUACUCUGGAGACUCGAAAACGAAGCUCUUGCUCGGCAGAAUUUGCGAAUUCUACGAAACGAUCCAACGAAGGCCGAAUCUAUCGGUGAAGAGUUCAACGAAAUUGAGCUUCUUGUUAGGAGAACGAAUAGCCAUCCUAUGGAGAAUAGGCUUUAUUAUACUGAAGGAAAUUUGGAAGUGUUUUCCUUUUGUGGAUCGCUGAAGGUGGGUAACUUACUGGUUUUCAAUUAUACCAUGAACAUGGCGAAGAUGUUAAGCGUGUCGGCAAUUUUCGAGACAACACCCGUGAGCCAUAACUGGGGCCCAUCUAUUUUAGUACUCAGUAAGCUAGUGGCUGCCGUUAUAGCAAUAUUCUCGAUAGACCUUCUGCCACGGCGCUUCCAGUAUACGAUUUCAACUUUUGUCACGGCUGCAUUACUUGUAGCUUUGGCAAUUAUGUCGGAAACAUUGGAACAUCUAGAACCUUGGAUAAUACCAUUAAUGUACACCAUAGCUGAAGUUUGCUCAGCUCUAGGCAUGCUACCAAUGGCGGACAUUCUAACAUCCGAAGUAUUUCCUUUACCCAAAAAGGCUAUGUCAGUUGUUGGGGUGCUUAUAUGUGAAUACCUUGGACAUAUGAUUGUGUUUAUUUUAGACUUCACUUUUCCAACUACUACCGAUGGAAAUGCUGAAACAGUCAUUAUGAAUGGUAUUUUGUUGCUAGAAUGUUUGUAUGUCUAUUUUAAAAUACCAGACACGAGAAACGCAUCACUUGACGACACCAUAUUUAAAUUUGUAGUGUUUGGAUCGAAGUAAUAA